CACUGUUGCAUUUCUAAAGAAGAACAGGGUGAAAGUGAUUCAGUGGCCAAGUACUGGGACAUGUACACUGAUCAUCAGGGCACUGAUGAUCAGUGUGCCCUGAUGAUCAGUGUGGCCCCAGAAGUGCCACCUGUCAGUGCUCAUCAGUGCCAUGUGCUAGUGCCCAUCAGUGCCACGUGCCAGUGCCCAUCAGUUUCACAUCAAUGCCACAUAUCAGUGCAUACCAGUGCACAUCAAUGCCACAUAUCAGUGCCCAUCUGAGCUGCCUUUCAAUGUCACCCAUCAGUGCCAGUCAGUGCCACCUAUCAGUGCCGCCUAUCAGUGCCAGUCAGUGUCACCUAUCAGUGCCAGUCAGUG